AUGAAAAUGAAACUCUUUAUCUUUACCUAUGCAACUUUACUCCUUGGUAACUCUGUAUCAGGAGGACCGACAGAUAAUCACACUAGAGCGAAGCAAGUACUUCUUGUACCAGUUUUAGAUGAAAACUUUGGAAUGAAUUGUGAUCUUAAUUUGAAAUUUGAGAGAGACGAGAUCAUAAAAAAGAUUGAAAAUGCUAGAAGUAGACUGAAUUCAGUUAACUAUCCACCGGCCAAAUUCUGUCAUCCCAACUAUCCAGGAACUAAAGUAUUUUACUUCCGUGUGUUCAGAUAUCGGCUUGAAAAUGGUUGUGGAGCUGAUGUCAACGUUCUAUUAAGUCGCGAUGGACAUUUCUUGGGCGUGUUACUAACAUAUAGGAAUAAGAAUAGGAAUAGAAUAAAACAUUUAUGUUCCUUUACAGCCAGUACUUCUUUCUACCAAGUAAGCGAACCUAAAUCUACUAUUGGCCAUUUGAAUACUACGCCAGAUCCUAGAUCGACACGCGCAGAUAUUCCAACGGGGCAAACUGAAGACAAAUGGCAUUCUUUCUCAGGCUUAAAGUAUCCGGUUAUUGAAAAUAUCAUGAAAGAAAAUGGUGUCGUCGACUGA